GUUCUGUAAAAAGUGUAGUGUCGUUAUGCGAUAAUAAAAACAAUCAUUGUUUCUCAUUAUUUCAUGCAUAGGUAUAUCUGAUUUCUUUAUGGCCUUAAUGCCUGAAGUAUCAAAAUUGAUACCUGUUUUUUUUUCUAAAUAAAUAUGUGAAAUAAAUAUUGUGAUUUUUUUAGCUAUUUUUCCCUUCAUCUAGACCCUCAAGCAAACACAGUAAUAUUAAAAAAAAACACUUUCGUAAAUCAGGCUACUAAGGGUUAGAGGGUCUGCUAUCAGUAAAAGCACCGAGCACACCGAGCGGUGUGUGAUAGCCUAUCACACACCGCUCGGUUUUUAGUGAAAAUGCCUUCUUACGAAUUGCCGCUUGUCUCAUCACUAAAACUCACGCGACGCUGGAUUACUGAUUUCGACAAUUGAACGUUCAACGACCAGUUCGACAGUAACUAAACUGUUUCCUUUUCGCAACAACCAACAACAUUUUACAUUACGCUGAUUCCGACAACACGAAAACAAGAGCACUGUCUGCUAGUCCCACUACGCACAAAACAAAAACCACUCCAACAAAAUCAUUUCCUGGUUUAAAAUGGUAAUUUUCUCAGCAAAUAGAAUAGUAAUUCAGCCUUCAGGUAAGUUGUUUAGAACAUGAAGAAUGAAGAUUAUUGAAAAUGAUGAAGAUUCUUCAUCUAAUUGACAAUGUAGUACAGACUGCAGAGUGUAGACCAUAGAUGUACGAACUGUACGAAGAAGGUAUAGAAAAGAUGAACAAAAAAUACAAAGACAAUUAACUAAAAGUCUUUUCAGUCGUUUUGCAACUGCAAAGACCAUAGCUCAACAAUUUCAGCUUUGUCGCUACCUUUAAUAUUUUGACUUAAUUUUGUCGCUUUUUCCAUUUUUAAAUUUCAAAAUGGGCCACGUGAUCAGAUUUGUCACUGCAAACGAGCGACGAGUGACUCAUGAGGCUACGCCUGCACUAGUCUGUGACUAAAUAUUUGGGCUAAAGUGAAAUGCGAUUCAUUCAGGAUUCAAUCGCGACGGAGUCGAUUUUCUAUUAUUUCACAAUUUUAACUUUUUUCUGCUUCAAUUAAUUAGUACUUUGAGUGCCGGUUAAGCUAAUAAUUUUACAGCUGUUUUCAAUAUAGUAGCUAGUGAUUGUUAACUUCCAAGAAACCGAACUACCGUUUUGAAUUUAAGUUUCUAUAAAAGUAAUUGUAAAGGUACGGUCUCAUGCAGCUGCUUGGCGCUCGUUUUAGCGAAAAAUCAGGUUACGUUUUAAGUUGCGACAAAGCUGAAAAUGUUUAGUUUUUAAAUUAAUCAUUAUAAAUAAUGGAAUUACACAAGGUAUGGUGGUAAUUUGUUUCCCUUGUAUCACUGCCACGAGUUAUGAAUGAGGUUAGGAUAUCAGCAACACAGGGUCGCAUCGCCGCGUCGCUCGUGACCAGAUUUGCCGUUGACAACGAGCGUCGAGCGGUUGCAUGAAGGCGUACCUUAAGUGCUUAAACCAAUAAAUAUCAUGAAUUUAUAAAUCUCCAUGUCAACUCGUACCUGGUUAGAGGAAGAGGAACUUUCUGUGUUUUUUGUUAUUCAAUCGUAUCACACACCUGCAACUCGGAGUGAUUUUGAUUUAUUGUCUGUGGAAUCCACGAACACCACAGACAAAGGAUGAAAACAUUUUUACAUUUGUCAAACAAACUUCAAGACCAACUGUCGGACGGUUACGGAAAAGUCUGAUCAGUGAUCACAUUUUCAGUAGUUUGAAUAUAAAACCACGUUAAUCGAGGUCCUAACAUUCUGCUAAUUAUUCAGUUGCUGCCAUGGAGGUAACCGAUGAAAAUCUGGCUACUUUAGCCAAUUACUUGCAGCAGACUCUCAAUCCAGACCCAAACAUUAGGCGGCCGGCUGAAAAGUUCUUGGAGAGUGUUGAAGUUAAUCAGAACUAUGCUAUCCUGUUGCUACACGUCAUUGACAAGGAUUCCGUUGAUCUUACGAUCCGAGUUGCAGCAUCGAUUGCUUUCAAAAACUAUAUCAAAAGGAACUGGCAAGUGGAGGAUGAUGGAGUGGACAGGAUACAUGCAUCGGACCGAUCUUCAAUAAAGACCUUGAUAGUUUCACUCAUGUUAAAAUCUCCAGAAGCUAUCCAAAGGCAGUUCAGUGAUGCGGUAUCCAUAAUCGGCAAGUGCGACUUUCCUGAGAAGUGGCCAAGCCUAAUACCGGAAAUGGUUGAAAAGUUUGGUACAGGUGAUUUCCAUGUGAUAAACGGUGUGUUGCGGACAGCGCAUUCCUUGUUCAAACGUUAUCGGUUUGAGUUUAAAUCACAGAAGCUGUGGGAAGAAAUCAAACAUGUCCUCGAGAACUUUGCCAAACCUCUCACUGAUUUGUUUGUAGCCACCAUAGACUUGACGGAGAAACAUGCCGGCAACCAGGAUGCGUUGCGAGUUAUCUACGGAUCUCUUGUGUUAAUCUGCAAAGUCUUCUACUCGCUGAACUACCAAGAUCUGCCAGAAUUCUUCGAAGACAACAUGCCUGUGUGGAUGCCUAACUUGCUCAACUUACUACAAGUUAAAGUGCCAUUGUUGGAGAAUGAUGGCGAGGGCGACGUCCCGGGCGUGCUGGAGCAGCUGCGCUCGGAGGUGUGCGAGUGCGCGGCGCUGUACGCGCUGAAGUACGAGGAGGAGUUCGCGCCGCACGCGCCCGCCUUCGUCAGCGCCGUGUGGGGGCUGCUGCUCACCACCGGGCCCGGCGCCAGGCAUGACGCGCUAGUAUCGAACGCGCUGACGUUCCUCGCGAAAGUAGCGGAGAAGAAUAACUACAAGAGUUUAUUCGAGGACCCCGCGACGCUCAGUAGCAUCUGUGAGAAGGUUGUCAUUCCGAACAUGGAGUUCAGAGAAUCGGACAUGGAGUUGUUCGAGGACAACCCUGAGGAGUACGUCCGGCGCGACAUCGAGGGCUCUGACGUGGACACGCGGCGCCGCGCCGCCUGCGACCUCGUGCGGACACUGGCACUGCACUACGAGGACAAGAUGAUGAACAUCUUCGGACAGUACGUGCAGCUCAUGCUGGCCAAAUACGCGGAGAGCGGCGCGGCGGCGUGGCGCGGCAAGGACGCGGCGAUGUACCUGGUGACGUCACUAGCGUCCCGCGGCAGCACGCAGGCGGCGGGCGUGACGCGCGCCUCGCCGCUCGUGGACCUGGCGCAGUUCGCGGCCGCGCACGUGCUGCCAGAGCUGCAGAGACCCGACGUAAACGAGUUACCAGUACUGAAGGCGGAUGCUCUCAAAUACAUAAUGACGUUCAGAUCGUUACUGCCGAAAGACCUGCUGAUACCCUCCCUACCUUUACUGAUCUCGCACAUUCGCGGGCGCGGCGUGGUCCAGACGUACGGCGCGUGUGCCACAGAGAAGCUGCUGGCGGGCGGCAUGCUGCCCCGCGCCGCCGUGGCGCCGCACGCCGCCGAGCUGCUGGCCGCGCUGUUCGCCGCGCUGGGCGAGGCGCGCAGCCCCGCCGACCACAACGAAUACGUCAUGAAAGCGGUGCUACGUACUCUAUCGUGCCUCCAAGAAGGUGCGCUACCGUACUUGGGUGACGCCUUGCCGAAGCUCGCUCAUAUGCUGUCCACUGUAGCCAAGAACCCCUGCAAGCCGCACUUCAACCACUAUCUGUUUGAGACCCUCUCGCUCGCUGUAUCGUUGGUGACGAAGGCAAACCCCAGCGCGAUAUCAGCGUUCGAAGACGCUCUGUUCCCGAUAUUCCAGGAAAUAUUGCAGAAUGAUGUACAAGAGUUCAUGCCGUACGUGUUCCAAAUGCUGUCGCUGCUGCUGGAGCUGCGCGGCGCGGCGGGCGCGAGCGCGGGCGGCGAGGGCGACGCGUACGGCGCGCUGCUGCCGUGUGUGGUGGCGCCCGCGCUGUGGGAGCGCGCCGCCAACGUGCGCCCGCUCGUGCGCCUGCUCUGCGCCUUCGUGGCCCACCGCGCGCCCCUCGUGCUCGCCUCCGGCCGCCUGAACGCGAUUUUGGGCGUGUUCCAGAAGUUGAUUGCGUCUAAAACAAACGACCAUGAAGGAUUCUACCUGAUACAGACAAUGCUCUUCAAAUUCGGAGACGACGUCAUGUCCCAGUACUCGAAGCAGAUAAUGACGCUGCUGUUCCAGCGCCUCUCCUCGUCAAAGACCACGAAGUACGUCCGCGGCCUGAUCGCCUUCCUCGGCUUCUACGCCGCGCACUUCGGCGCCGACCCCCUCAUAGACCUCGUCAACUCCGUGCAAGCUGGCAUGUUCGGCAUGUACGUGGAGCGGGUGUUGGUGGCGGACCUGCAGCGGGUGUCGGGCGCGCUGGAGCGCAAGGCGGCCGCCGUGGGCUGCGUGCGCCUGCUCGCGCACAGCCAGCACUUCCUGCACGGACAGCUGGCGCCCAUGUGGCCCGCCGUGCUGCAGGCAUUGAUCUCGCUGUUUGAGCUGCCGACGGACGACUCAGCAUUACCGGACGACCACUUCAUCGAGGUGGACGACGCGCCCGGCUACCAGGCGCAGUACGCGCAGUUGACCUGCGCCAAGGGGGCCGCCGGGGACCCGCUCGACGGCGUGUCGGAGCCGGUGCAGUACCUGGCGGCGGAGCUGGGCGCGCUGGCGGCGCGCGCGCCCGGCCUGCUGCCGCCGCGCCUGGCCGCGCUGCCCGACACGCACCGCGCCGCGCUGCAGCACUACCUCAACACCUACAGCGUGCAGAUCUGCUGAUGCCCGCAGGGCAAAGGCAUUCCCUAUUCCACAUUUCCUGUGCUGCUAAGAACAAGUACCGUUGGAGUUUGACUUCUUCGUGCACACAAAAAUGCGAAGAAAAAUGAACUUUGGAAUGUAUAAAGCGUAAUUUUUGUAUGGUGACGUCUGUACAAUGAACAUUUGUGAUCAAUGCACUAUGAUCUUUUAAAGCAAGACUUGUUCUAUCGUGGAAGCGAGAGGGUAUUAUACCGAAAAACUGUCUCGUUCCCACAACGGUAAUAAAUCUGGUUUAAAAGCUCAAAGUGUGUGCAUAGGAAUGAAUACUAAUUGGUGUUAAUUUGUUAAUAUAAAGACUGUUGAUGAAUGUCAGAAGAAUUGUGAUGAUAGAUUUUCUAAUGACUGUAUUAGCUGUUAAUAGAUACAAUAGGAGUACCAGCUAUGUAAGGCGGCCAGCAGACUAUCAAUUAUAUUGUGCAAUAUUUUUUUAUGUUUAGCCAUUACAUAAAUAUAUUCUGUCCCAUAUGGCAGGGCAAAAGCGUACGGAUUCUUCCACUCUGCCAGGGUCCGGUGUUUAUGUUUUCUUAUCGAUUACUUUGUUUCGCCAUCUUAAUACGUUCGUGGAUUACCCGAAUUACCCGAUAACUCCUAGGCCAAAAUAUUUACCUAGUGAGCGCCAUCCAACAUGAAGCCGUUAGCAGGACAACCCUGAAUUAUUUCAAUCAAAGUGUGCAAUAUAAAGACUUAAAUACUAAUUCUAAAAGGUCAAUAAUAUAGUAUAACAUGUCACAUUGCACAAUUAUAUUGAUCGUCUAGUUUUUGCCUAAUUCUUUAUUCACAAAUAAUUAACUUUCAGCUUGAACUAACAUUUAUGAAUAAAGAGAUUGUUUAUAAGUGAUAUAAUUUGUAUGGUCGAUAGUUGUGUGUAUGGUAAUGUAUGACAGGUGUAUGUAAAAGUGACUAUGUAACAGAGCUGGAUCUUAUUUUUACAUAUUUCUUUGUAUGUCAUGUGAUGAAUGAAUUGUCUUUGUGUAACGCAAGUAUUUUAGUAAAACACGUUAUGUUUGUAUAAUUGGUUUAAUAUUUCCAUCACAUUUAUUAUAAUUAUUUUAGUGAAGAUUUCAUAAGUAUUUGACAAAGGUAUACACAUGCGGAUUGCUUGUCGAGUUUCGGACCGACCGGAGUCCUAAAUCAUGAAUUAAAGAGGCGGCUUAGUUGCGAUCUCGAUAAAUACAAUUUUUUAACUUAGAAAUCUUCCUGUCCUGAAAUUAAGGUACUUUCACCUUCCAUGUACAUAGAAGCUAUAAUGAUGGUAGAACUCGCUCAAAUGUUUGGAAAAUGCUGCCGAAUUCAAGAAUGAGGCCAUUGAGCGUACUUCUUCUUUGCUAUCCACUUGCCAGUGACUUAUGGACAACUUGGAUUGUGCCCUGUCGUGUCACUUAAGGCCCAUUUUCCCAUAACAUGUUUUACUAAAAUAUGAAUAUUGCAAGCGUUGUGGAUGUUCUAACCUAUUAGAUCGUGCGUGCAAGAGAACACUUACUUAAUGUAUGAUCGUUUCAAUAGUGUAAGCUAAAUAAUGUAAGUCGAGUUAUGUUUAAAACGUUUGAAUGUUAAAGAUGUCCAACAGAUGGCGCUAGGCGUCAAGGCAUCGUGAUUGUUUCAAUAAUGUCUCAAUGUAUAUUUUGUAAUGCGAUUCUAGUUGAAAUAACAUGUUUUGUAUAUUAAACGCUUCGUUUCUAUA